CUCAUCGAAUUCACCAUAGCGCCAAAUGGUGGCCAAGAUUUCUUCGACAUAAGCCUCGUCGACGGCUUCAAUUUUCCGGUUGGAGUGACGCCGAUUGGUGGCUCGGGUGAUUGCCAAACGGUACUCUGUCAGGAAGAUGUAAAUGUGGUUUGUCCUCCGGAAUUAGCAGUUACAUCGCAAGAUGGCGCAGUGAUUGCAUGUAGAAGUGCUUGUAUGGCUUUUAAUCAGCCGGAAUAUUGCUGCAGUGGCGACCACAGUUGGCCGGAAACUUGCCCGCCGACGGACUAUUCAAGGAUUUUCAAGAAUCAGUGUCCACAAGCUUAUAGUUAUGCGUAUGAUGAUAAGACAAUCACUUUUACUUGCAUGGGUGGAGCUGAUUAUGCCAUUAUAUUUUGUCCUAAUUGA